CAUCGAUCGGGGGGAACUGUGUCAAUCAAGGGAUUUGUUUCGUCGCCACACCACCAAAAGAGUCGAAAAGAGCAAAGAGUUCCCCAAAAGUCGAUCAAAAAUUCCAUUACUUUUCGCAGAAAGGCAGGCGAGUGACUGCCAGACACGCGAAGCGACAAGCGGAGCCAAGUUUGCGUUCCGCUCAACUUUUCAUUAUUUUCAUCGACGUUGGUUUUCGUUCGUUGGUCCGCGCACGACUCGUCCCGUCCCGUCCCUUUUGGCACCUCCUUCUACAGUCAGUUGAAGGAAAGGAGCAGUCCGAGUGCCGAGGCGCUAUCGGUGCGGUCCUAUCAUCUCGACGAAGGUCCUGAUUGCGAACGGCCUAUCGAUUUGCACGCAUAUAUAUAGUUGUGAGUGGCAUCGAUUAAGAGCGUAUUAACACGAGUGUCGGCCGUUCGGAGCCCCACGGCCCAGCUCCCACUCGCAGCCAGUCAAGUGGAAUAACCCCUUUUGACGUCCCGCCAAGGCAAUGGCUUUCCUGCGUGUGGUCACCCGCUGGCCUGCAUCGUCCAAAUUUGCGUGCGCCACCCCUGGCCUCCACCGCCAUGCCCUGGACCCGCCAGGUGCGGCUGGCACGGCGCUGCGGAGCGGGUUCCUACCCCUGACCACGUCGUCUGCUGUGGCCAAGUCCUCCGCCGCCACCGCGGAGGCCCUCCGUGGGGGCAGCCAGACGUUGGGGUCCAGGAGGGACCCUCUGGACGCCACUUUCGACGACGCGCACGCCGCCUACAAGAGCAAGACGACAUGGGAAAUCCUUCGGGCCUACAUCGUCUACACCCUCUGCUCCUCCAACUACCUGGUGGAGAACAACAUGAAGAUCAUGAAGGUGGCCAAGGCCAUUUUGGGCGAGAAGAUCUUCACCGCCAUCAUGAAGUCCACCUUCUACGGCCACUUCGUGGCGGGCGAGGACCAGAUCCGAAUCCGGCCCACGCUGGAGCGGCUGCGCUCCUUCGGCGUCAAGCCCAUCCUGGACUACUCCGUCGAGGAGGACCUCAGCCAGGAGGAGGCGGAGAAGCGAGAAGUGGAGUCGAGUGUCUCUGAGCUGGGGGAUGAAAAAGUGCAAGAUAUUUUUAGGCGUGCUUGGCUUAAAUGGACUGCUCAGUUACAUAGCGAUAGAAAAAACUGUCAGUUAAUGUCAGAAUGGAGAGGCUCAAAAUUGUGCUUGGUUUCUGCUAAUGAAGACCCGGUUCAUGGCCUGUACAUGGAUGGCGAGGAUGGGCAUUGGAAAGGAGGAGCAGGGCGCAGCCUUGUUGAAGGAACCAUGCCCCAGUUCCACGUGGACAAAACUUUCGCUGACCGUCGGUACAAGGUGUCAAGUGCGAGGACGUACUUCUACCUCAACGAAGCAACCUGCGAACGAAACUUGGAAAUCUUCCAGCAGUCUCUUCAGGCUGUCGCUGGUGCCACUUAUGGUACUGGUUUAGCUGCGGUUAAAUUAACAGCACUGGGCAGGCCUCAGUUACUGUUACAGCUAUCUGAAGUAAUUAUGAGAACACGUCAAUACAUGACAGAGAUCACAGCCCUAACAGCUCAAGCAAACAAAAGUUCACCAGAUGAUAAAGGAAACAUCAUUGGGAAACACAUUCAACCUGAGGAACUGCAGCAAAAGUUGCAACAGGCCUGUAAGCUGAGUGAGGCUCCUGUGAAGAAAUUCCUGCAAAAUGUGACCUAUGACCAGGAAGGUCUUAUUCAUUUGUUCCCUUGGAGUGGUAUCAUCGAUGAAAAUUUGGAGCUCAGUGAAACCUUCCUUGUUCCUGAUAUGAAGACUGGCAAGAUGGUACGAUUAUUGACUCAACUUUCCUCAAAAGAAGAAGAAAUGUUCAGAAACAUGAUCAGAAGGAUUAACGUUCUAGCCCAAACUGCUGAGGACUUGGAUGUUCGUAUGAUGGUUGACGCUGAACAAACUUACUUCCAGCCUGCAAUUUCCAGAAUUACUCUUGAGUUUAUGCGCAAGUACAACACUAAAAAAGCUCUUAUAUUCAAUACCUACCAAUGUUACUUAAAAGAUGCAUUUAAUGAAGUCUCCACUGAUUUGGAACAAGCCAAGAGACAAAACUUCUAUUUUGGUGCAAAACUUGUGCGAGGUGCCUAUUUAGAACAGGAAAGGGCACGUGCUGCUGCACUAGGUUACCCAGACCCAACAAAUCCAUCAUUUGAAGCCACAAGUGAGAGUUAUCAUAGAACUCUCACGGAGUGCCUACGUCGCAUCAAGGACCUGAAGGACAAAGGCAAGCCUAACAUGAUUGGUAUCAUGGUUGCCAGUCACAAUGAAGACACAGUCCGCUUUGCCAUUGAAAAGAUGAAGGAGAUUGGAAUUUCCCCUGAAGACAAAGUUCUCUGCUUUGGACAACUGCUUGGAAUGUGUGAUUACAUUACUUUCCCUCUUGGCCAAUCAGGAUACUCAGCUUACAAGUAUAUUCCCUACGGUCCAGUGAAUGAAGUUCUGCCAUAUCUCUCAAGGCGGGCUCAAGAAAACAAAGGCAUCUUGAAGAAAAUAAAGAAAGAGAAGAGGCUGUUGUUGCGAGAACUGAUAUAUCGCAUCUCUCGAGGGAAGAUUAUGUACACCCCUAAGGGUGAUUACACUCCAAUCUGAGUUGUGUGUCUUACACUGUAAAGACAAUCCGUCUGUGAUGUACAUUUGAUUUUUUUAAUUUUUUAAUUUUUUUUUAAACUUUUUUUUUGCGAGACGUAAGUUGUUUCAUUUUACUUUAUCAGCUGUGAUUAAGGUUGCCUUGUGGAAAAAUGAAAGAAAUCUCUCUUCUUAGAGUGCUACUUUGAGUCCAUUCUGACUACUGUUUUCUUUCAAGAAAAUGUCAACCAGAGCACUCUGAUGUCUUAGGCAAACAACUACUAAGUGUUUUAAGCUCCACAAUGUGCUGUUGUGUUACAUGGUAUUUUGGUCAAUUGGAGGCCUUUGUCCAUACCUGCUAUAUGUCGCUGUUUUGAAAAGUAAACUGUAUACAUUUUGUCUCAUAGAAUGUUGGUGCCUUCCCAAAAUAUUUGUCCUGUUGUAUUUUCUCACUAAGGCCUUAAUUUUGUGAGUAGGUAUAUUGUUUGGAAUUUUAUUAGGAGUCUGUAUAUUACUUAGCUGGAUUUGGAGAGCUCUGGUGGGUUGUUUCUCAAUUUGAAGACCUUAGUUGUGAUUUUGUCCCGGACAAUUUCUUUGCAAGUGAUCAGUGUCUUAGUUUAAAUGUAUGAAUAAAAUUAUGUAUGAAUCGGCUAGGUGAUAAAUGACGAUAUAUAUCCAAAUUUUUCAUACAUAACAAUGAAAUGGAUUUUGGUUUUGGUCAGAAAAUAUUUUUCUGUUUGCAGUGUACUAUUGAACCCAGUUGAAUAGUUGUUUUGAACAUUAAUUUAAUUCAGUACUUAUGAUAUGUUUAUUUUAUUUAAUCAGACUCUAGUGUAGUUUGAAGAAACUCCAUCCUUCUCUGCCUUGUAUGCCUUCGUUUUACUUUUUGUUAUGUUAUUUAAUCUUUCCAUUGUUAUCCUAAUUCCUCCUAUGAACAUGCUAUCCAAAGACAGUGAAGCCAAAGUUAAGGGUGUUCCGCAGGAUUUAACAAAAGACUAGAAAAAGAACUUGCUUUGAUCUAUUUUGUAUCUACAGUAUUUUUCUUGAUUUUGGACUGCUUCGCUGGAGGAUAUAAAGUUUGGGAGGGUUCCCAAUUGUAAACUAUUUGAGUAGUUCUGGGUUGACACUGAUGUAAAGUCAAAAGUCUUGUUUCUUUCAUGACCUGGUGAAGGAGACUAGAGCUUUAUUUUCAACUCAACUCCUAUUGUUGACUCCUAAAACUUGAUGAAUGCAAAGGAAAAAAUGCCAAAAAUGUGAAUGGUUUUAAUUUUUGUGCAGAACUGUGGUAGCUUUAGUUUGACUGGCCUUACCCCCUUUCUGUUUCCACUCCUCCCUUUUCCAUGUGGCAUUUUGCUGAGAAUGUGUAAAUGAAGUUAGAAUAGGGAUCAGUAUUAAUUAAGUCAAUGCUACGAUUGUUGUGUGAUAGGUUUGAAGUAUUUCUCAGUCCAACUCAGUUUGUAUGUUUUGAUGGGCUUUGUUUGGUCAAGUUUCUCAGCCAGCAUUGGCAAGAAUUAUCAUACAGUAUCUUCUAGAAUGCGUGUGUUCUCCAUGGCAGUUAACAUAAGUAGAAACCAACUCAAGAAGCUAGUCUGUGAUUCAAUAAAUGAAUUUUUUUUCAAUCAAUAAAUAUUACUUUUUUUUUAAGUAGACAAGUUGUUUUCUGUGUACCUUUUACUUUGCUCAAGUUUACUGAUGGCUCCCAGGUGUAUGGCUGCUGUUGUAUUACUAUUCAACACAUGAUCUACACAAGCUUUAUUUUAAUUUGACCUUAGAACUAUGAGGAUGGUGCAAUUUUGUAGACAUCUGAGUCUGCUUCUUAGUUACCUUUUUUAAUGUCUUAAGGGACUGAUUUGCCAUCUACAUUCAGAAGGUUUCUCUGGUAUCAAUGAAUUACCACAUUUCUAAGCAGUUUUCGAUAAGAAAUUCUGCUGAGUAUGUUAUCAGUGAGAAAGCAUCAACCUUGGCUCAGCUGUUCUUAAUGGAAAGAGCUGUAUUGAACUAAGAAAGUGAAAUGACAAUAAUUGUUCACCCACGGCCGAUCUUUUCUGUUCAUCAUACUGGAGUGGAGCACAGAUUUGGACUGAGCAUGCUUACGAAUACCACAAUAUCAGAUAUCAGCUUGGUACUCCUCACAUAAUCCACUGAUUUAAUGUUAUUCCCUUCCCACUCAUGUGGAUGAUUUUUAAUAUUUGGAACUACUGCUUUCUUUUAUAAAUUUAAAAAAAGUUCUGGGAUUUGGAUUUUAAAACUGGGUCUAAAUUAUAUUCUCGUUACUAUCACAAGGUCCUGUUGAUAAAAUUUGUAACAUCUAUUUUUAGCCUAAUGGCUUCUUUAUUGUUGAUUAAGAUAAGUUAGAUUGUUGAUGAAUUGUUGAAUGAUAGUAAUUUAUGUGUGUAAAUGGUUAUAUAUUUCUAACAGAUUAAACAUUUGCUCUGGUUAGAAAUAACUUUGAUUUGUAAUUGUGGUAUAGACAAUAAGUAACACGUGUCAGGUUAUCAGCAGCUGUUGUUGAUUUCUGUUCCGUAGGAAGUAAUUUUAAUUGUGGCCGCUGUCAAUUAUUAAGGCCAGGUAGGGAGAUGUGUUGGCUUAAGAGGUUGUGAUAGCCAUUUACGUAAUUUACAAGACUACCUCUGUUAUAAGGCCUUUGGCAAUUGAUGUGAAGAUGCUGUCUUUAUGAUGGCACUGUUUUGUGUGUGUCCUUUUGACAUUGCCUGAUAUGCCUCCCAAUCUAACUUUUUACAGUUUUUGAAACAUGAAAUGGAAAACAACUGAAUUGGUACUGCAGAGUCCUAUUAAUAAUUCCCUUAUCUGCUGAGCAUAUGUGUUGUUUUUUUUUUUUUCUGCAAAACAAUUAUGCUGAGUAAACUUGCUUCUGUUAACAAAACAUUAGCUCCAAUAGUAUAUUUGUGAAUUCCAAUGUCUGUGUGGUGUUAAAUAGUUCCAGGAAGUACAAAGUUAAUAAUUAUCUCACA